AUGGCCGGGGUUGGGAUGGUAGACCCCGGGACUCUGCAGAACCCCCGUCUGGGUCCCAGGCUGCAGGAACCGGCCCUGGACCCGCGGCACAGCCCACGCUGGCUCACGGCCCGCAACGCCGAGCUCAGGCAGCUGAGGAGAAGGUGGUUUCGCCGGUUCAUCAGUGACCAGGAGCCCGUGCAGACAGCAGGAUCCAAAGCAGCGAAGCACAUCGCUGAACACAAAGGCACCUACAUGGGAUGCUUCACAGACGAUUCGAGGGAGAGGACACUGAAGGGAGCUGUCUUCUAUGACUUAAGAAAGAUGACAGUAGCUCACUGUCAGGAAGCUUGUGCCGAGAGGGCUUACAGCUACGCGGGCCUGGCGUUCGGAGCCGAGUGCUACUGCGGGAACCUGCUCCCGGACGGCGCCGCCAAGCCCGAGGAGUGCAACAGCGAGUGCAAGGGGGAGAAGGGCUCCCUGUGCGGAGGGGUGAACCGGCUCUCGGUCUACAGGGUGGAGGAGCUGCGAGCAGGAGCCAGGCGACGGAGGAAUGUUAUCUAUCGAGGAUGUUUUAGAGCUCCAGAAAAUUUAACAGACACCUUUCCAGUCUCUUUGAUACAGCCCAAUUUGACGGUGGAGAUGUGCUCUGAAUUUUGCUCCAAGAAAGAGUUUCCCUGGGCAGUGAUCCGAGGGCAGGAGUGCUACUGCGGCUACCCCAGCGGGCGCUG